AUGCAAUUGCUAAUACUUGCUGGAGUAGUUGUGGCGUUAUUAUGGUACCUCAACAAGAGAAAGGGUGAUGAACUGACGAAAAAAGAAACACCCGAUCCGCCAUUAAAUGCCCAGGGAUUGUGGUUAACUUCAUCAGAUUUAAGUCAUCAUCUCGCUUUAGAAAAGCUCACGGCCGAUCAGCGACUCAAAACAAAAGACCCGACCAGUCGUCUCUACAACUCUACCUCUGUUCGAUCAACUCGCAAUUUAGAGACACGAAUCGACGCAAAGCCUACCACGAUCCCAUCUGAACAACCCAUCGAAAAACCUGCAGUCGCUCCUUGUUUGGAAACAAGUCCUUCUGCAACAAAAACUACCAACAUCGAUCUGUCGCUUUGUUUUUGUCGAGUGCCUACCAAACGAAUGGAAAUAGAAACAAAAGUGUGGCAAUUCGAUCCCACGUUUUGCUAUGAGCCUAGUCGCACCUACAUCGAUCCUAUUCAGUUUAAACUCCCACGACCAAUCGAUAUUUGCUCACCGAUUACUGACAAAAAGACAAGCCUGAGCGCGCAAGCUCGUGGACUUCGGGGAAACGAUGAAACAGCGGAAACUCGUCAGUCAUUCUUAACCCCGUUCGAGCCAAUUUUCCACGCUAUCGAAUAUGCCGAUCAACAUGCGAUCCGAAUCGAAACCCUUCUUCACAACUACGAU